ACUCUCGUACGGCGUUUCCGGUUCAAAAUGGCGAACAAGCCUGGCAGCGCGAAAGGGGAAAGAUUUGCUCCCUAUUUAAAACGAAAAACGCAUCCUAAUGAGAAAAUAGAACAGAAAAACGAGACACACCGAAGAGAGUUCGGAAAUACAUUCGACGAAAGCAUAACUGUACCAACAGUCGCUCAAUCUGGAUAUGAAGAGCAGCCAGAAAUGCCGGAUACAACGGGUUCAGAGAUUAUUCAAGAGCAAGGAGAUCCGAUUCCAACAAUGCCUUCCCAAACAGACGACUCUCAGCAGAGAACAUUAUACGUAGGAAAUUUAGAUCCACAUGUAACCGAAGAUCUCUUGUUAGCUCUGUUUAGUCAAAUAACUCCAUGUAGAGGAUGUAAAAUAAUAUAUGAGCCAGGAAACGAUCCUUAUGCCUUUAUUGACUUCGAAGAACAUAGCGGUGCAUCGGCUGCUUUGCAAGCCAUGAAUAAAAUUCAAGUAUUAGGAAGGGUGAGUUGUCAAUUUAUUUUUAGGAAUGAGGUAAGCUCGAGUAAAAUUAAGAAAACGAAUUACGAGGUGCAUUAG